CGCUCUUGCGGUGCGGAUGUGUUUCGUGUUUCUGACAAGUGCUUCGGAAACUUUAUUCGACGAGAAUAUUCAAAUACAAAUCAAGUGAAAUCGCUUGUUUAAACUUUUAACUCAAUUUAACCAUUGCUUGGGAGCAGUGUUUUAAGAGAUUUACUUUGAAAACAACUGUUUUGUGAUUGUUUGAAAUUGUUGAAAAGUGGAAAGACUAUUUGCAGCUUAUUAAAGAAGAUUUUUAGAUUUCCAGUUACGAGUUUGGGCUGGGCGAGCGACGGGCGUUGAUGACUCAGUCGAUACAACCUAUUAGAAAAAUGCAACAUUAACAGUGAAAAUACUGCUGAAAAUUUAAAAGAAAAUUCUGAAAUCCUUGCUUAGUGGGAUCUACGCAUAGAACUUACAUCGAAAAUAUCAAGUUCCCAGUACCCAGUAGUUUGAGCAUAUACGUAAUGAGACCGUCUUUAACAAGAGUAUACAAAAUGGAGCACACUGUGGAAGAAAAUUGGCGAUAACCGGUUCCACAUACAAUGUGAGCAUCGCCUCGGAAUAAAAGCUUCGAGUCCUCACUUGAAAGUAACGACCUCGUCAUGGAGCUGGAAGACGUGGAGAUGUACGGCAACACCAAUUACUCGUACGAUGACAACGGCACAUUCAAUUCCACGUACGAGAACUGUCCCAACUUGAACCUGCCCAUUGUGUACGUAGUUACACAAAUUCUUUACGCUCUCGUGUGUGUCGUCGGCUUGCUCGGGAACACCCUAGUAAUAUACGUCGUCCUUCGUUACUCGAAAAUGCAAACUGUUACGAACAUGUACAUUGUGAACUUGGCAAUUGCGGACGAGUGCUUUCUAAUUGGAAUACCUUUUCUCAUUGUCACUAUGUCGGUCCGCUCGUGGCCUUUCGGAAGGUUCAUGUGCAAGGCGUACAUGAUAUCAACCGGUAUCAACCAGUUCACCAGCAGCAUUUUCCUUUGCAUCAUGAGCGCGGAUAGAUACAUCGCUGUGUGCCAUCCGAUAGCAGCCCCGCGUUUACGAACUCCUUUCGUAUCUCGCGUGGUGUCUGCGGCGGCGUGGACUGCUUCAGCUCUAGUCAUGACACCGAUUUUCAUGUACACGACUUUAAUCGAAUCAGAAAAUGGAUUGUCCUGUAACAUUGUGUGGCCGGAAAGGGAGUUUAAUAAAGGACAGACUUCGUUCACUCUAUACUCCUUUGCUCUCGGUUUCGCUGCACCUUUGACACUGAUUUUCGUCUUCUAUUGCCUGGUUAUAAGGAAGUUGAAAACUGUUGGGCCGAAGAAUAAAUCUAAAGAGAAGAAGCGCUCGCAUAGAAAAGUGACCAAGUUAGUGCUGACUGUAAUAGCCGUGUACGUUCUUUGCUGGCUGCCUUACUGGGCAUUCCAAGUCGCUCUCAUAUACUCUCCACCGAAUGAGUGUGCCAGUCGGAUUACUAUAACCGUGUUCCUCGUCGCCGCUUGCUUCAGCUACAGCAAUUCAGCCAUGAACCCUAUCCUGUACGCUUUCUUAUCUGAUAACUUCAAGAAGAGUUUUCUCAAGGCUUGCACCUGUGCUGCUGGGAAAGAUGUGAAUGCGACGUUGCACGUGGAGAACAGCGUGAUUCCGAGGAAGAAAGGUGGCAGUGCAGCGAGGGCCCAAUCUCGAGCGUUGGCUGAAGCUCGCGGGAUGUCUACUCAAGUGGAGGCAGCUGGCGCGUCACGGUCGGAAGCGUCUACAGCGGUGACGUCUCGCUCGGUGGCCGGGAGUGAGGCCCUCAACAUGGAAGCCCGUCCGUCCUCCCUCGCUCCUCUCAUAGCGCCUAACGGACUGACCCACACGCGUCUCUGAGUGCGGGUGUCUCGCCGCAGCCGCGAGCCGCCCACCACAGUGCUAGAUGAGGACACUAUGAUCGUUUCUAUAGAUUAACAUUGCAGACUGGUUUGUUGCAGAAGCAGGUGUCACACUGUGGAAGUCCACGAUAUAUAAGGAAUCUGAAGCUUAAUUCGCUAUAAUUUGCCAAAACAGACAAUUCUGUAUCACAGUGUACAAAGUGUCAAUAUGCCACCACCACUCGCCUUCCCACUGCGACCGCCUUCACUCUAAUUAUACCGAAUUAGGCGUGUAUAUAGUUUCCUCGUACAAAGUCUGGUUCAUCUUACACCUUAGACCAAACUUAAGAUUUUCACUUUGUGACUUGUUACCAAUUGUACUGUUGCUAUAGUGGAAGCGUGCUUACAGUGGAAAGGAUUCUAGUUCAUGCACCUGUUAGGUUUCCUGUAUAUGAACUCGAAGCUGAACGCGCCGAACUGAAAGUGAGUGAAAACAAAUAAAAACCGUUUAGUUUUACCGUGCCGCAUCGUUGCCCUGCCGUGUUGGUGCGGCGGUUGUAUGGCAGCCAAAUGACGGCACCGCGCUGUCGGUAUGCGAUUUUUAUUUGUUUACACUCACUUUCGGUCCGGCACCGGUCCGCCUCCGGCUUCAUGUAUAGAAAGCCUUCCAAUUUGGUGCUGGGGAUGUCAAGCAUCUGACAGCUGAGAGACACGAGCCCUGUCUGCCAUCUGUCGGAUCGAAUCUUACCCAAUUCUACUUGAAUAUUGUGUCCAAAUAAAUGUGUAGUUUUUGUUACGUUACGAACAAAAUUCAAUGUAAUGUGUGGACCUGAGUAUACGAGUACAAGUUCCUGGUAGGAAACUGUUUAAGUAUAAAUGAUUUAUUGAUUGUAUCUAUAUUAUUAUGUAUAUUGUAUUAGAGCAAGAUCCACAGGAGCGCUAACCUUAUGUUCUGAGAAACAAAAUAUUAUAUGGAUAGGGUAGUGUAAGUGCGUAUUAUGAACGUAUGCAUAUCUGCUAGCUAACGGCCAAUUUGUAAGAAUGAGUUGCUAAAGUUACCUAUGUAAAACCUUACUAACUUUUCUUAAAGCUUGAAUACUGUUGAUAAUAAUAAAAUUUAAUAUUCAAUACUGCCAUCACUUCCCAUCGGCGGUAAUUUCCACCAGACGCUUUAAAGCUCGCAAACAAAUAACAUAUUUAUUUACUUAGUUUGAGUCCUAAUUUUUCUAUUAUGAAACUCAGGAAAUAUACUCACAGCACUCAGAUUUUUAAGAAAAUAUAUCUCUAAAUUAAAACCGUCGGUUCAAGCUAGCAAAUUAUAUGCGUACAUUAAACGUACAUAUACAGUUACACUACCCUAUCCACGCAUUUUAUUUCUAAGAAAACAAGUAACGUCUGGCGCACUGGGCUCUUGGGCCAUAAUAUCUGUUUACAGUUAUUUCUAUUUGGUUGAUGGUGACAUUAUUUGGCCUAGGGUUGUAACGAAGAAUUUAUUAACAUUUAGGUCUUUAUCGUAUGUGUAAUGAUCGCGUGGCGAAUAGUUUAUUAGUAUACAUACUAAUGUUUAUUGUAAAAAUGUACAUAUCGUGUAAAUAUUUCCCACUAUUGUCAUAAUGUCAGAGUUGUAAUUAAAAUCUAAUUCGUGACAA